AUGACCAUAUAUGGAAUACGUACUAUAAGUGCCUAUCAGCGUGGUAGACCAAGGCUUUUGAUUUCAAAAGAACAGUUAGAAGGUCUGCGGUCGCUUGGUUUUUUGUGGAUAUCUAUUUCUAAAAUGCUUGGUGUUUCGGAAAAAACUGUAAGGCAUCGAAGAGACGCAUAUGGUAUCCCUUCAACUCAUGAACAGUUCAUGGAAAUAACAGAUGACCAAGUUGAUGAUCUUGUUAAAUAUGCUUUAGAGGUGUCACCAAACUGGAGAAAGAAUGGUUAUGGGUUCCUUAAGGGGACGAGGAGUUUAUGUUCAGAGGUGGAGAAUCCGGAAAUCAAUUUGGUGGGUUGAUCCUGUAAAUCGAGAACUUAGACGUAGAACAAUUACCCAAAGAAGAGUCUAUAAUGUUCCUACACCAAAUUCUUUGUGGUAAGCAUGAACAAUUAUAUGUAUUGUAUGCCUUGUUUGCUGUCUAUUACUUACCCAUUUCUUAGUUUGCAGCUUUUCUAAAAAUUCGAGGAGACAUCCUUCAAAGUCUGAAGUUGAAAUUCCAAUCUGUGAAUGGGCAUACUCUACCCUAUGAAAUUAGAGAUCACUAGUUUCAUAACCAUGGGCAAAUCACUAGUUUCAUAACCAUGGGCAAACCACAAAAGCAUUGAAUCAGUACAAGGGUUUGAUUUGGUAUACACAUACAGUUAGAACAUAUUAUAUGAAUUUUUUAAGGCACCUUGAUGGACACCACAAACUCAUAAGAUGGCGCAUCAUUCAUGGUGCCAUAGAUGGGUAUUCUCGGGUUGUUAUUUUCUUAAAAGCAUCAACUAACAACAGAGCAUCAACAGUUUUGGAAUGCUUUUUAACUGCUACUCAAGUCUUCCACUACCCUCGCCGAAUAAGAACAGGUUUUGGUACAGAAAAUGUGGAUGUAGCCCAGAAUAUGUUGAACAGAUAUGGCCCAGCAUCAAACCCUGUCUUAACAGGACAAUCUGUUCACAAUCAGUGGAUAGAACGGCUGUGGCGUGAUGUGCACAAUUAUGUUUCUACAUUCUAUAAGAAUGUAUUUUACUACCUGGAGUCAAUUGAAAUGUUAGAUCCUAACAACGAAAUUGAUUUGUAUGUUUUGCAUUAUGUCUUCAUGCCACGAUUGAACAAGUCAUUAGAUAUUUUUGUGAUGCAGUGGAAUAACCACCCGCUUUCUAGUGAGCAUGGCCGUACACCAUUCCAAGUGUGGACAAAGGGAUUUUAUAAUUUUGCCCUGUCAGAUCGAACAUCAGUGAGAGAAGUUUUGGACCCAAACUUUGUGGACUUUCAACAUUAUGGUAUUGACGAUGAUGGACCCUUGCCAGAAGUGCAAACAGAAAAUUUUGUUGAAAUACCAAGGUCAGCAAUUGAGCUUACAAUUGACGAAUAUCAAUUAUUAACAGAUAAUUCAGACCCUUUAGUUGAUGAUAAUGAUCAUGGUAUUACUGCAUAUCAAAGUGCAAAAAAUAUAUUGAUAACUAUAUUAAAUGAUAGGCAUGCGGUAGAAAGCAACAAAAAAGCUAAUUUAUCAUUUGUUUAAAGAGAGCAAGAAGUUUAAAAUUCUGCAAAAAUGGAUUUUCUAAAAGUUUGAUUAACUGUACUAAUAAGACUUAUCAUAAUAUCUUUCCGAAUUUUAUAUCUAGAAUUGUCAGAACCUCACUGAUUAACAUUUUUUAAAAUAACCCUAACUUGAUAUAAAUAAUAUAUACCUUAUAUGAAUAAUAUUAUAUAUAUAUCUUCAUUGACACUCUAGGCCAUAGUAUAUUGCUUGGCAAACUUCCUGCGUAUGGUGUCCCCAUGACAAUGAACUUCUAUGGUUCACUGACUAUCUAUUUGGGAGACAACAGUAUGUACAGUUAGGGAAAGGCACCUCGAGCAUGCAAUCAAUAUACAGUGGAGUACCUCAAGGAUCAAUUUUGGGACCGCUGCUGUUCAACCUGUAUUUUAAUGACUUUGCAGAUCAUCUGUUGAAAACAAAUGUCUUAAUGUAUGCUGAUGAUACUGUUAUUUACCGUGCUGGAAAGGAUAUUGAGACUAUAGAAAAUGUGUUGACAAAAGAAUUGGAACAGGUGGCAAGAUAUUUUGAUGAAAAUCAGCUGGUGAUCAACUUGAAGAAAGGUAAAACAGAGGUAAUGCUAUUUGGAACGGCCAAAAGACGUUCAUUGCAGAAUCGUCAAUUAAAUAUUACGUAUCGAGGUGUACCAAUAAAUAACACCAAUGAAUAUACCUAUCUUGGUUAUACACUGGAUAACAGUCUUACGUUGAAAGGUUGCUUUGAUAAAGCUUAUAAAACGUGCUGCAAUCGCCUCAAGCUCUUAUCUAAAUUAAGACAUUAUGUAAGCUCGGACACUGCAAAUAGGAUAUAUCAGUCUACGAUUCUCCCAGUUGUUACGUACUCUGGGCUUUUGAAACUUCAGUUCACGAAGACCCAGUCGGACAGGUUUCAAUCAAUUGAACGUCGCGCGGAAAACAUCAUUGCUCCUGACGAACACGGUCAAAUGCCUUCUAUUAUCAAGAUAUUACAUAAACAGUCGUGUAGUAUUGUAAGGAAAUGUCUAGACAAUCGAAUGUGUACCAACUUUGAUAACUAUUUCAAAAUUAAAACUGGUGGUAUCAAUACAAGGAACAAUAAUUUUUUUCUAAAACUACCCAAAGUAAAGUUAGAGUUUGCGAAACAAUCAUUUUAUUAUUUAGGUGCAAAAAUCUAUAAUGAUUUGCCAAUCAAAAUAAGACGAGAAGGAGAUUAUGACCAAUUUCUUAAGCUAUUGAAAGACUAUUAUAAAUAGGUACAUGUGAACUGUAGUCUUAAUUGACUUAGCCUAAUUUUUAAGUUUUUGAAAGACUUUUGUAAUAGGUAGACUGAAUAAUAGAUUUUGAACUAACUUAUUUUAUAUCUAUUUUAUUGCUUGUAUUUUAAUUUAGAAGUAGAGAGGGCACAUAUUGAUAACAGUGUCUUGUGCACUGAAACGUUUUACCCUCUGUAAAGAUUUUUGUAAUAAUAAUAAUUAUAUGAAUAAUAUUAUAAUAUAUUAACUCUAUAUAAAUAAUAUAUAGAUACUGUAACAUAACAAAUCAAACUCUAAAAGCAGUUCACAAUAACUGAGAACUACCAUGAUAACAAGAAAGACUGUCCCACACACAAUGCAAGUAACAAUAUCACAUAGAAUACCGUGGUUUAGGCUUUGUGAAAUCCACAUGAGUCAAACAACGACCUUGACAAUAGCUCCUAAAAAGAAGUAGGAUCUUCAUGACCUCUUGGCAAUGCUAGGGUCAUAGCACAUGUUCAUGAAUAAGGAUAGCGUGUAGUUCCAUUCUCUUGAUCAUAGAAGAUAAUGCUCAACAACUCUGGAAAUCCCAAUGGUGGAAUGGAAUCUGCUCCAGUCAUAAACUAAAGUAGAUGUUCUAAGUGGACAGGCAGCUCUUUUGUGGCACAUGUAUAAUUCAACUGGCAAUCUGAAGUGAAAAGUAUAAAAGGGAUGGUGGUGUAAAAUACAGCUUGACCAUUAUUGGGUUGUUAAAGGGAAAUGGCAAUAUAUUUCUUAUUUUCUAAUUUGAAAGAACUUUUGAAACUAUUUAAUAACUUCUUUUACCGAUUCUUCAUAUCUUGCUUAGUUAUUGAAAUAUUUUCACUUGAAUAUUAAUGAGAUGUCAGCCAUCUUGGAUACAUUUUUUAUCUCAUUAAUGGUAGUUUUGGUGACGUCAGUACACGUCACAACCACUGAGCUCUACUAUAUAUAUCUGGAGACCAUGCUCCCAUAUCUCGUCAAACAAAAAAGUGUCCGCAAAAACAUGGCGGAUUUCGAGCUCUGCGUCCACUAUUUUCAGGCGAUUUACCACUGACCACAUAAUAUUUUUGAAACCCACCUGUUUUCACACACCCCUGGAUGCAAAAAGUAUACACUGUGUAAUUAUUAAACUAUCAAGUUUCACAACUUUAUAUUUUGACAUUUUGUCAACAUGCCGCGUUAAUAUUGCUCGGUUUAUGGUUGUUACAACUCCUUUUACAAAGAAAGUCCGUAUUCACACUGGUAAGGAAAUAUUAUUUUGUGCUUAGAUAUCAUUCGAGAAGUUUUUUCUGCAAAUGACAAUGUAAAGCAAACGGUAGUUAUGUUUUGUUCACGUGCAUGUGUCAGCAGCUUUUCUCGACUAUGGCUUCUUUUCUGAGGUUUUUGCAUGCAGUUUGUUUCAUUCAAAUAUUAUAUUUCCAUUGUUCCUUGUGAUGGUUCUCGUGUGCGUUUUUCCUACCUACUGUACAGUGUAUUUUAUAGGCCUGUUUGUAUUUAUGAAAGCAUAUUGUUAUUGAAUUUUUUCCCUUCACAUAUUUAAGCAUUCCUGAUGCAAAGAAGCAUCCAGAGUUGUACAGCAUAUGGGUUGAGUAUAUGAAUAAACAUGCGACAGUGAAGUCUGUUCCUGCGAAAAGUAGCCGUUUGUGUGAAGAUCACUUUAGUGCUGAUAUGUAUGAGAUAUAGGGGAAAAGCCAGAAAUUAGUAUUGAGACCGGAUGCUAAUACCAACAAUAGUUACACAAAGGUUUGCUCAGGUCAUUGGUGCGAUUUAAAGUGUUAAAGUGUUAUAUGUAACAGUGUGCAUGAGUUACAUUCUUUGCUAAGGGACAAGUCAUUAUUAAUGCCGGGUAGGGGGCUGGAGGAAAUUUUUAUGAAUAGCAAAAAUUUUUCAUGACCCCUUAUUUUUCUAAAAAACUAUUUUAUCCCCCCCCCCCCUUAUUGAGGCAACAUAUUUCAUAGCCCCCCCGCCCCCCUCCACCCCAAUUCUGAAUUCAAGUACUCUAAGUCAGUUUUGUAACCAUUUUUCCUGCCCUCAUACUCAGUUUACUUGCAGAUGUAAAGAAUAUUGUAAAUAUUGAAAAUAAAGAAUAUUGUAAAUAUUGAAAAUGAUAGCCAAGUAGAUAAUUCAGACUUUAUACCUGAAAAGUUGUUGGUCCUCAAACAAAAAACCCACAAAUCGGACCUAUUUUUACUAAUUGAAUAAAAUACAUUUGUGUCUGGUGGAAGCAUUACUGUAUAUUGAAGAGAUGGCAGAAGAGACUGUCAACAACAUGCAGAAGAGGUCCACUGUGUUAAAAGCAGGACAACAACUGUCAACUGAAUCUUGCAUUUGCAAAUGCAGUGCAUGACCCUUUAGACAAAUUCUUUGGUGAUGAUGAGAAUGACACUUUCCAUAUACAGUGCCUAGAACACAACUUUUAGGUUCAAUAUAUUGGGCAUUACUGUUCAAUGUAUGUAUACUGUAUAUAUCCAUCACUCUUUUGAUAUUGCAUGUUACAAACUAUAGAUUUUAUUUUUUGCCCCCCCCCCUUUAUGUUCAAAAUAUUUUCUGCCCCCCCCCCCUUCACUGGUCAAAAAUUUUUUGUGGCCCCUCUAUAUUAAAAUUUAUUGUACAUUUACUAGGAAUAGUAUGCUGGAUGUGUUUUAAAAGAGGGCAUACAAAAUUGUGUGCCCAAACAGAGCAAAAACCCACUCAGACAGUUGUUCAAGAACAACAUAAUUGGCACAAUUGCCAUGAUAUUAAAUUCACUAAGUAACUUUGUGUAUGUUAUAAUGUGUGAAUGUUGUGUGUUAAUUUUAAUUUAUUUAUUAGGCCAUUAAUAAAUAUUCUUGGUUUGAAAAAUAUUUUAGGGGGGGGGGGAUGUCCCCACUGCUGGUGCCACCACUGGAAAUAUCAGCUAAUUAUAUCCAGCAUAGCUUCAAUAAAAUAUAUUGAAGUAAAUAUGACAUUAAGUACUCUUUUAUUCAAAGCGAUAGCUAUGUGCGUGUUUCACUUGUAUCAUUUGGGACAACCCGAGAAUACCCUUAUGGAAUUAACAAAAUAAAACAUGGGUAUGAAAGCAAGAAUACUUAUUGAUGGCCUGUAAUAGUAAUAUAGUAAUAUUGUAUAUAUUUUUAAAUUAAACUUUUUAAAUGUUGAAUAAAUCUAAUUUGUAAUGAAAAUUAAUAAUGCACAUAAGAAUAUGUUUAAUAAAAUAAUAUAUAAUUGUUUGGUGUGCUAGAUCUUUAAUUAACUAAUCUUUUGCCUGGUCAAACAAUAUGAUUCUAUUGCCAUGAAUUGCCAUUGAGUAUAACAAUGAUUCCAGUGACAAACGUAGAGCCAUAUACAUUUGGGUAUUUAUUAGUGCAGAUUUACUUCCCCAUAAUGUACACAGAGUACAUUGUGAGUAGACAUGAUCAACAAUGUGCAGUUUCCAUAAUCUGAAAAAUACAAACAGCAGUAAAUAUUUAGAUGAUACAUGCAUAAACCAACAUAAGUUUUGUUUCAACAAAGCAUGGCUGUGUUCACAAAUUUAUACAUUAAAAUUAUAUGUAUAGUAGAAAUGCAAAAGGAACAACAUACUUUUUAUACAAUUUGAAAGAGAAUUAUGCACAUAUCAACGGUCUGCCCGGGGGGUACACCUUGGGACAACUGGGGGGAAACGAGGGGGAAUUUGGUAUAUUAUCUGUGUGUUCUGCCUGUGAACCCCGGGGAGAUUAGGGAGUGGUCAUUAUUUAUGGGGAGGGGGGUGUUGGGAAAUGGGGAAAAUAAGGAUUGAAAACUUUUUUGACCCCCCUCCAGACUGAAGGCAAACUUUUUGUGUCUCCCCCCUCAUAAAAGUAGAAACUUUUCUGACCCCCACCCCCCAGUGUAGAUUGAAAAAUUAACAGCAAUGAAACAGGUGUGCAUUGCAUGUAAAGUUAGAUAUUAGGACAAUCUGUUUAAUCUAGCUCAUGAUGUUUUACCCUGGUGAAUAUGAUUCAACCAUAUGUGAUUAAAAAUAUAUAUUAUGUGUUACUACUUUGCAAUGCAACAUUUGUCCCACCAUAACCCUAACCCAUGACCCGUCUUCAUACAGCAAAAUGAUUUGAACACAGAGUUUUUUAAGAACUUGUCUGGGCACCAACCAUGGUAGUGCCUCGCAAUCAUGGGAGUCGCGGGCACACUAAGUUUAACAAGCUUGCUACCCCCUGAGUGACCCAGUUGUGGUAUUUACAUAAACAUACCAUGCAAAUACACUUAACUGAUCAGAUUCGGUCUAUCAACACACAAUGUAACGUUGUAUAUCCAAAAAUCUGUUUCAGAAAAUGCUUACAUUUCAGUUCUAGGGGUGAAAAAAUACAAAACAUUUUCUGGGGGAGAAUCCCUGGACCCCCCUACUAGUACAUACAAUACCACAGCAAACUUUUUGUCACCAACAACCAUCUGUCAUCUCUCCGCACUCAAUAAUAGUAUGGUCCCUUCUUGUAGAUGUCCACCCCAGAGCAGGGAAAUUUUGAGUAUCUAGAUUGUUGGAAAUAGCAUUUUCAGAGUCUUCUUUUUUGCUAUUUGUGAUUAUAGAAAUCAGAACUCUAGACAUGGCAUUUAAGUUCAAAAACUUUUAUGACCCCCCCCCUUUCUGUGUUAAAACUUUUUUGAUCCCCCCUAUUUAUAAGGGUAAAACUUUGUCCACCCCUCCCAUUUCCCAACCCCCCCUCCCAUAAAUAAUGACCACUCCCUUACAAACUUUGCAAUAAUAGGACAAUGGGGGGAGGGGGACUUUGACGUGAUUUCAACAAUUUACAUAGUUGGUGUGAACUCAAAAUCACAGGCUCACACAGAAAAAUAUCGAUCGGCAACUUAUUAUUUAUGAUAUUUUGUAGUGGUCUUGCUAAAAUUUGAAUAAAUAAAUACGGAAUACAUGAGUGCCAUUGUGAUACCCCAGUUUGUAUAAUAAUUUUUAAUUGUUUGUAUGCUAUUUAUAUUAUGAACUACUUUAUUGUAAGUCCAGGGGGAGGGCAGUUUGACUUACACAUUUCCCGGGGGAGGGAGGGGGAAUUAAUGCAUUAGAAUCAUGUUUUUGCAAAGUCCCGGGGGUGUACCCCCAGGGCCAGGCCAUUGGUAUGUGCAUUAUAUACAAGUAGUAAUCGAGUUGAAAUAUUAUAAUAGUAAUAAAUUAUAGUAUAUUUCAAUAAAUGAAUGUAUGGUACAGUACAAGUGUUUCAUUAAAAUUUUGAAAAAUGCCUCACCUGUAGUGCUUUUCAGCUUUUGUUGUUUAUUUAUUAACAUAUGGAAACAGAAUCACCAUAGUCCUCGAAAUUUCAAAAGUUUGUUUCCCUUCAUGACAAUUAUUUCAAUUUCUCGUUAAUUUAGUAAUUUAUUACUCAUUUUCUACGGCUCCACACAAAAUACUGUAGGUCUGCACCUACCGAUACUGCAAAAGCAUACAUGCGACAUGGGCAAAAAUACCACCAUUCGUUCAGCUCAUUUAUAUUAUCUGUUUGGAUCAUUAUUUAUACAUUUCACAGCAGAAAUUGUGGAGAUAGUCGCUCGAAUGAAUUAAUGAUCCAGCUUGAACUUGAUAGUAGUUGGUAAAGUUCAGAAGAAACCUUUUACACCUAUAUGUAACUAUAAAUAUUUACUAAUUUCAAAUCUUCUCCAAUGUACUCCUUUUUUAAAAAUUAUAAAGAACAGUGGCUCUCUGGUCAGGGGGGAGUGGGAAAUGUCGCCCGCACGCAUUUGAGCUGUGGUCAGUUAACGUACCAUGAGAAUAGUGGACGUGGAGCUCGAAAUCCGCCAUGUUUUUGCGGACACUUUUCAUUUGCGAGCACGGUCUCCAGAUAUAUAUAGUAGAGCUCAGUGGUCACAACAUGGAUUAACCAUAUAAAAGUAUUCGUUGCUGACCAAAUACUGAUUGGUAUACGUUUUAAAGGUUUCAAGUGAUUUUGAUAUUUCCAAGGGCAUACAGAGUAUAAUUUUGAGUGCAAAAUGAUUGGUGGUUGUAUAGAUAAAAAUAUUGCGUGACGCCUGUUGUGACGUAACAUGCAUAUCUACAAAAUCCAAUAUGGCGGACAUUUCAUUUCUUUCGAUUAAAAUAUUUGUAGAAGUAAGCAAGAUACAAAAAAAACGGUAAAAGAGUUUUAUACAUGGUUUUAAAUGUUCUUUCAAACAAGAAAAUAAAAAAAUAUAUUCAGAUAUAUCGCUAUUGUGUGGUUAAGUGUGUUAGUUUGAAGCCAAUCAGAGAAAAACAAAAAUUAAGAAUUAUGUAAUUAGAAUAUAACCUUUGAAUGACUGCCUGUUCGCUGGCCAUAACACGGUAAAACAAAAUGGUGGCCCCUUCACAAGUACAAAAACAUGAAGGCCACUACAAUAUCAGAAACGGCUAACAUUAAAACAACCUAUUGAAUAUAAUGUGUAAAGAACUGUUUUUUAUACAAGAAUAAUAGUUAAUAAAUGUAUUCCCAUAAAAAAAAACUUUAAUCAAUGCUAUUUGUAUUGUACAACUGUACCUUCAAUCUUUUUCAAGUAUAAUUCGAAACAAUAGAUUGUGUCAUCCUCUUUAUGUCUUCUAUUGCUGCCUUCGGGACUCCACUCAAUAAUAUAUAAUGAUUUGAAAGUAUCCCUUCUUAGUGCCACUGGUAACUCUGUGAAGAGUGGUUGGAAUUCUUUUGGAUACAAAUGUACUUUGUUCCAAGUACCAUCAACAUCGUUUAGCCCAUCCUUGAAUUGCUCAAUUUCUGAAGACACCCUACGUAGCAGUCAGAAGAAAAUAUUAACUACACUACAUAAUUAGUGUAACCCUUCUAAUUUUAAACGUUCUGUUGGCACCAACGUUCAUUUGAAAUGCCCUUUAAAAAGGUUGUUUAUAACUUUUGUCCACAACUACUUUUCGGUGAACAAGGAAAGCAUUCAUCCAACGGCAAUUUAAAAUUGGCUAGGAAACAAAGUUUCCUGGUUUACCCACCCCACUUUCAGGAAACAUGUCCAGGAAACAAUGUUUCACAGUUUGCUCAACUUCUGAAAACAUGGCUAGGAAACCAUUUUUAAUAGUUUGCUCACAGGUCUUCGUUUUAUCACAAGUAUUAACAUCGACAAUUUAAAGUUUUUUCACAAGUAUUAACAUCGACAAUUUAAAGCAUCUCCAAAAAAUUUUUGUUGAGCUACAUUUUGAAAAGCCAGUGAUGUAACAGAAAGUGGUAAUAUGCUUACCGUAGAUAGCAGGUGUAGGAUACUCGAUAGUAAACCAUCAAUCCUGUAAUAUGUUAUAUGGUUUAAUAUAUUUAUCUAUUCCUCCAAAGAAUGAGAAAAAUCCUCGCCAUAAUUAAACAAACUCUUGAGGUUUCUGGAUUUACAUUAAUUUGGGGACCACACAUUAUGUUGUAUUAUACAGUGCAUUCCAGUCAGCAAAGUUAACAUACUGUACAGUAAUUCUGAACCGUCUUUGAACAAACAAUGUAUUGUACUUAAAAUCUUGAAAAUAUACCUGCACCCAAUUCUUCAUUGUCUCCAAGCCAGUACAAUAACUUACCUAUAAACCAGAUACUGCUUGAUCAAUGCCUUUACGAUGAACUGCUUCUGAUCCAAUUUUGCCAGAUAUAUCGAUUGAUAGCCUUGGUUGGCAAUAUAGUCUGCCCUUUCUUUCAGAAAUAACUUAAGUCUUCUUCAGAAUCCAAAAACUUUAGCUACAUAUAAAAAGUUACAGGUGUAUAUAUAAAAAAAUCCAUUGCAGGAGGCUUUAGUCUAGUACUGUAACAGUAGGUUACAUUAGCUAUUGAUUAAUUUUAAAGAGAAGUUUAUUUUCUCUUACAUGCAGUUGUGAUCCACAUACCCUUUAAUUAACUAAAAGCCGUUUAAUUAAUUUAAUAGCAUACAUGCAGUUAGUAAAAUAUACUAACAGACAAGUGUAUUCCUGUUCAGAGCAUGACUGUAAUUAUAGAUUUUAAUUGGUCAAUAUCUUGUUUUAUGGCAGAUCCACAAUGGAAGCAUGGCUGCCAAUCACCAUUCUUUUUGAAUAUCACCAAAAUUAUUAGAGGUAUAAAACCUUAAAAGUACAGAAGGUUAUUACAGAGCAAGUUCCAACAUUUUCUGAUAUUCUUACUAGAUUGAUUUUUGAAAUGGCUUAGGUUGUGAUUCUCAUUGGAACAUUUGAAUAGUGUACUACAUUGUAUAACUGAUCUUUUGAAUAUAUACUGUGGGGGUGCGACUUUAUGCAAAUGCGAAAAAAAAAUAGUAGGUUUCCGACCGACCUGUCAAAAAUAUGAUCGACCAUAAACAUUUUGUUGACGUUUCCCAGUAGAGAUUACCCUGGGUGCCAGAGGUUCUUCCACGCUCGUAGGGGGGAUAAUGAGGGAUACACGAGGAUUCAAGCUGCAAGGCAGAGAGCGGGAGGAACCUCGGGAACACUUCUAUGGCUUUUACUGUUUUAAUUGUCACAUGUCAAUCAAACGUUAGCCAAUAAGGUAAGUGCUAAAUUGUGACAGAUGAUAUUUGUGGGCAUGUGCCAUCAGACGUUUGAGGGAUGGAAAACAAAUUACAAAGAAUAAAAGAACUGUUUAACAUUACAUGUCACAAUAUGGCGUCUGUCAAAACACCUGUUAAAAGCGUUAUAAAGUUUGUAGCAAAUUCAUCGCUACUCACAGUGGGUAUUUUAACAUCUUCAGUGAGAAGUCAAAUGAACGUGGCCUCUCAGAAUUUUUGUCAAAUGUGCCCGAAAGUGAAGUUUCUGACUCAACGGGUUCUGGUCUGAUGUGCAAGAAAUGUUUUUGCAUGUUGGAACGGUGCAGCUCGUCGCUAGAAGAACUCAAAAAGUUGAGACAAAACCAUCGCACCAAUACAGGAAAAUGGCGCUCUGAAAACCCCGAACUUAUUCGCCAAAAACGUUGUUCAAAAUCGUUUUGAACAAGGUCAAAGUCAAUUUAGAGUGGAAUCCAAACGCUCUCUUGUUUUAAACUCCAGUGACAAAGAAAACCUGCCAUCUGAAGUGUCCCUGACAAUUUUAAAUACAAAGCCUAAGAAAGUUGAGGUAAGCAUUUUAUAGUUUAUAGUGGCUACUGUAUUUGACUGUACGUUCUAUAUAUGAAGUGUACUACAAGUAAACAAGUGAAUAAUUUUGUGUCCCAAAAUAAUAAAAUAUAAAAGUAAAAUGCAAGCAGCUGUCACACGUGUCAGUAUGUUUAUACUUUAUCGAAAUUACUAAAGGAAUUCGUCACAAUAUAGCACGUGGGCUAGUCACAAUAAAUUGAUGAUAAAAAUAUAUUUUCUAAAGGAAUCACAGCAGAAUAAAAGAGCAACUAGAGGCUUAAAUAAAAAGUCUAUGAAGAUUUCUAGUAGGUCUCUAUCACAAAAUCUUUUAAAUUAUUGCAAUAUAUUUUAAGUAGCUUUUUUAUACAUGGGGAAAUUUUUUUAAAAAACAUAAAAACAUUUGCUUUUCUGCAAAGCAGUGAAACGAUUUUCAAGGCUUAUUUUUAAUUUACAUUCAUAUUUAAUGAGUACAAUCAUUCAUUUGACUGUCUUUUUAUUAUUUACUAAUUAAAACUAAAGAUUCUUGAUACUCCAAGAACUCAAAGAACUGUAAAAAUGCGAAUAUACUAUAUAUAUGUUACAAUUGGACUGUAAUUUGACACGCACAUCCAAAUUCAGUUUCACAUACUGCGAGUGACAGUGAUGAUGUAUUACAUGUAAAUGUUUCUCACUUUGUCCUCUAUUAACUAUGCUUUGUUUCAUGUUCAUUUUCAUAAUGAGGGCUAUUUUUAAUGAGUUUGUAAAAAUAUAGUGACUGUCUUGUUGCCGUAUCAUUAUGAAAGCAGCCAUAAGAACAAGACUAAUAUUUAAAAUGGUAUCAACGCGUGUCUGUAUUUUCCGUUUUCGUGAGGGAUUUACAGUAGUAUAAAUUAGUUACAGUAGUAUAAAUAGUCAGUAUAAUUAUGUAAGUUUUACUAUAUAGAACCAUACUUUUAUUAUUUUAUUUGUAAUUACUAUUGGCAUGCUUUCAUUAAAUGCAUAUUUUUCAACCUGAUAUUUAAUAUACAAAGGUCUCACCUUUUAAUUUACAAACAGUGGUGGAUUUAGGGGAGGGGUGCAGGGGGGGUGAGCACCCCCCAGGCGAUGGUCAACAGGGGUGCAUGAGGGGGUGCAAAAAUUAUGUUUAUCCUAAUUCUAACCAACUUAUGUUAAGGAAUUCAGUUGGGUAUCACUAAUUGACAAUAGCAGAAUAUCCAAUAUUAAAUAUUCUGAAUUUUUAAAUGUUUUGAGAAUCUAAAAAUUUUCCAGAAUGUUUUCUCAUAAUGCUGGAAAUGCCAUUUCAGAGACCCAAAUUUUAAACAUUUUCCAGAGUAUGCCCCCGGACCCCCUACAAAUCUUGCGCCUUCAGCGCUUGACUGGUGGUUUCACCAUUGGUUAGCACCCCCCCCCCCCAAAAAAAAACUUUGCUGGAUCCACCACUGUUUACAAAGGUUCCACCUCAACACACAGGCAUACUCACAGACAAGCUGUGACUGCUGCACUAUUAAUUGUUUUAAUAUUUUGAUAAUGUUCUAUCAUGUAUUGAUCGAAAUGGUACAAUUUUAUCCAUUUUUUAUUUAAUACUGUCCAUUCAAGGAGGGAGAUUGGGCAAUUAACUUAUUGCCCUGCCCAUUCAACUCGAUAGUGAAUACGAUAUACAAGCUUUUAUUUUAAAUCAUUAAGCAAUGCUUAUUAUAAAAGUAAUUGAGGUUAGGUGCACUUUAAUGGAUCCCGGAUAUUAUGCAUAAAUGCAGCCAGAGGUGUAGCCAAGGAUUCUUGGUCAGGUAAGCAGGAAAAAUCUAGGUGGGGCCAGGUUUCACUUACUGCUUGUAGAAUACAUUUUCUCGGGGGGGGGGAGCAUUUUUCUAGGAGGGCCGCGCCCUGGCUAUGUCUCGGAAUGCAGCAAUUAUUCUGUAAUAUUGUCUCUGGAAUUUUGUAUGGUUAUAAUAUGGUGAAACAAAUUUUGUUUUUAAAUUUAUAAAUGAAAACAACUUAAGAGAUGAGUUAACCAUGCAUGCAAAUUGUUUAUAUAUAUAUAUAUAUAUAUAUAUAUAUAUAUAUAUAUAUAUAUAUAUAUAUAUAUAUAUAUAUAUAUAUAUAUAUAUAUAUAUUAUUACCCUGGGUGUCAGAGGUUCUUCCAUGCUCGUAAAGGGGGAUAAUAGAGGAUAGACGGGGUAUCCCCCUUUACGAGCGUGGAAGAACCUCUGGCAUCCAGGGUAAUAUAUUAUAUAUUCCAUAAAUCCAUAAUAUAUUUCAAAUUAUUUAUUCUAAGGUUAUUCUAAACCACGAAUCUGGAUCUGUGAGGCGCUACCCCAGGAUGAAACUGACAGCAAAGCUAUCAAACAAAUCAUCACUGGUCAAUAUGGUUAUGCCUUGAAUGCUCUUUGGAGAAAACAAGUAUUUAAGGAAGCUCUUAUAAAGAAAGUAAUGGCGGAAGUCUCACUGGAAUGUGAACAGUUAUGCUCUUUGACAAAUCCAUCUAUUCUUAGAGAUGCCUCCCCAAACGGACUAAAAUCAUUUAAUGAAACUGCCCAUGUUGAAGAACUACAGAAAAAAGCCCCUAUUUUUCAUUCCAUUCUUCAAGCAAGCGCCUCUUCGUUAAAAGAUGGUAGUAAAUGUGAUUUCAAACAUGGUGUCAAUCCACGCUGUUCAAUAUCAGUGGCAGCUUCUGCACUUCUUCGGGCAAGAUGCCCUCAAAUGAGUGUACAGUCAUACAGACUCGCCCUAGUGUUAUGGCACAGUGGAGCGAGAAAACAAGUAUGUAUAAUUUGAUCUGCAGCAUAAACAGACCAGCUAUCCCCAGCAAAAAAAGUCUAUAGACCUGGCCUAUAGGCCAACCUAUAGGUUUCUAUAAGAAACCUAUAGGUUUUUAUAGGCAAUUGGAACAUUUUCUAUAAAUGACCUAUAGGGAUGCAUAUAAGCCUGUAGAGCUCUAUAGGUGCCUAAAGGCUUCUAUAGGGAAUUGGAACAUUUCCUAUAGGAACCUAUAAGGCCACCUAUAGACUUUUUUCGUAAGGGCUGGUCUUCACUCAGUCGAGGCAUACUGGCCCACAGGGAUAGCAGGAAGUGCCCCACCCCAUUUUUCUACUCUUUGGUGCCCCCUUAAAUUGUAUAAAAUUGUAUCCAACAGAGCACCCCCUUUCCAAGUUUUCCCGGUAAAUUAAACAUUGAGUCACUGUCCGCCCUGAGCGAGUCCCCUACUCCACUGGUGAGUAAAAUAGACAGGAUCUCACUGGCCACAUUUGAUCCCAGCUAAAUUAAGAAUAAAAGACAUUAAUUUAAUAAGUGGCACUUUUUACAUUUUUACAGGUUUACUCACGGGGUGUUAAAUGGGGUAUUACAGUUGGACACACAACCACUAUUGCAAAGAUUGAUGAAAUUGGAAAAGAUUUUAAUGCAACUGUGCUUAAUUGGAAGGGUAAAUUGGAACACCAUGCAAAGUUUAGAGGCAAUCUGGAAAUGAUUCAGGAAUGCACAGUAGUUCCUGAAAGUGAAACAGCUGAAUUUGUCACUCCAUAUGAUUGCCAAAUCCAUCCAACAGAAAAUGCAGCGCCAGUAACAGCCAUUGACUUAGAUCAAUUGAAAGCUAUGGUAAAGCAGAAAAUGGGUGACCGAUUUGAUGAAUGUCUUUAUCAGCAAGUGACAAGCUUUGUUAAAGCUUUCACCACUGGUUCCUCAAUUUCUCAAACAAAUUCAGCUUUGAUGAAUGGUGUCAUUGAAAAAUGGAAGCUCAGUAGCCCUGCCAAAUACCAAAUUAUUGGUGACAAUGUUCACAUGUUUAUCAAGAUAAAGCAUCAGUCCAGUAGCAAGCCCAAUAAAUGUAUUCACUGGUUUCACAUGAAUGCUGUGAAAGACAGAAUUGUGGCAGCAGAUUUGUCAGAUGACAAGCCAAUUGGAUGUUUCACACAACUUCGACCUGAAGAAUUCCUCCCAUCAGCAAAGGACAACCAAGAUCUACUGCAUGAUUUUAUUCCUCUGUUUGCACGUGUUAUAAUUGAUGAGAUACCUGCAUUCAAUACUGCAUUCAAAGAUGUUGUGGUUAGACAUAUCCCCCACAAGUAUUCUGAAGUAAUGACACAAAAAUCAGAGCAGGUACAUAACAUAAUGUAAUUAUAAAUUACCAUCAGGUCACAAUAAUAAUUAAAAUUCUGACUUAUUAUUAACCCAACCAGCUUGCAUGUACAGACCUGCCAAGUUCGGAAGAUAAGAAUGCGUGACCAGGGCCGUUGUGAGGACUUUGCCUUUGGGGGGAGGUUAGAUUUACCGCCUGAAUUGUUUAAAUUCACCUGAUUUUGCGACGCCCGCGAGGCGCCAUCGUGGUUGGCGCCGAGCAAAAUUUGAAUUCUCUAGACCGUCGGAAAUAGCAUUUUUAGAGUCUUUCCUACCCAAGAUUUAAAUGUUUUACUACUGCCUAACAAUAAAGAUAAGUAAAACAACUACUGAUCAAUAUGACAGUGUUACUUACAGUUUAAUGUGGCUAGGACAAUUGAGAAAAUUUUGGAAAUUUGGAGUCUCCAGAUUGUCAGAAAGCGUAUUUGGUCAUGUACCGCAGGCCACGAUGCAUCUGACGCUAAUUCUGACGUUGUUAACUCUAAUUCUAUGUUUGCACAAAGCGUUGUCAAUGAGUUAUUGUACGAAAAGUGGGAUAGCGUCAUAUAAUGGUAAAAAUGCGUAACUUUAAGGUCAUUUUAGUUAUGCGUGCGGCACAGCGGGAACAAAAGCAGAAUGCGUAACUUUCACGCGAAAUGCGGGAACCUUGGCAGGUCUGCAUGUACCCUUACUUUAGUGUUUUGCUCCAUUUUUUGGGCCAGACAAUUUUACUCAUCAGUACCCUUAAAUCCACAUACUGAGGAGUAAUUAAAAUACCAAAGUGGCCACAUUUGAAUGGGCACGUGCACAUGCAUUGUUGGCUAUAAAUGGUAAUAUGCAAAUUGCUAAUCUUACCAACCAUACAUUAUAACCAUUAACUGCCAGGCACCUGGCUACAACUAACUGGUGAAAUCAAUCGGCCUGCAUUUAGGCAGGAUAAAAUAGCAAACCCUAAUCCUAACCCUAACCCCAAACAAAAUGGUGGUGUUCCGGUGGUGUUCCGGUAGUCAGUGUUUUACUACAUGCCAUCAGGGGGAGUGUUGUCACUCAGUGGGGUUAAUAUUUAACCCAUUAAGCACAAUCGCUCUCCCCUUGGUGAGUUAAAUGGUCUAACGUAUAGACAUAGUGAAAUUGUCCGGUGUUAUAGACAGAAUAGAAUAAUAAAGUAGGGCACAUCAGGGCACAGUUGCAAUUCAAUGGGUAAUAACCUGUGAGCUUGUAAUCAACACUACUUAAUAAGUAUGCGGUUAGGGUUGGGGGUUAGGGUUGGGGUUAGGUGGUGUUCCGGUGUUCCGGUAGUCAGUGUUUUAUUUUCUACUUAAAGGAGCCUUUGGAAUUAAUGUUCAAGAAUGAAAAUUUAAAUGAUGAAAUGAUUGACAUCUUGGCGGAUAUUCAUGAGCAUUAUUUACCUUGCGAGAAAGUUGUCUACAAAGAUGGAAGUGAAUCUUCACACAUACUCACACAGCUAUUUCUUGGUGGCGAUCAACUCACGAAAGAACGUGCACGAAAUCCUCAAAAGGGUCGUGCUGAUGGUGAUACUACAUUUAAAAGACUGGAAGGAAUCGUUCCGAAAGUGGAGGAUUAG